CCGGACAAAAAUGCAAACGAUGUUACAGCUGCGGAUAUGUUCAAAGAGGUCACAUUCUCAUAUAACAUUUUGUCUGAUACGGAUAAAAGGCGGCAGUAUGACACAGCAGGUUUUGAGGCUGUCGAAUCAGAAAGCCAAGAACUGGAACUUGACCUUUCAAGUUUAGGAACUGUUAAUACGAUGUUUGCUGCAAUUUUUAGUAAACUUGGAGUUCCUAUCAAAACUACUGUAUCGGCCACUGUUCUGGAGGAAGCACUAAAUGGGGCAGUAUCAAUUCGUCCACUCCUGCUGGGACAAUCUUUGUGCAGGAAGGUUGAGAAGCAAUGUGCUCACUUUUAUUCUGUAACCAUAACAGAAAAGGAAGCACAGGCAGGACUUGUUUGUCGAGUUUCUUCAUCAGAUAAGAGCAAGUUUAAGCUAUUGUACUUUGAUCAGGAAGAGAAUGGUGGACUAUGCCUUGCUUUACAGGAGGAUAGCUCAAAAGCAGGGAAGGUUACAUCUGCUGGGAUGUAUUUUCUCGGAUUCCCUGUAUAUCGGAUGGACCCUGCCCAUAACUCUGCGACUGCUGUGAAAGAUCCAGAUGCUGCUUUCUUUAGAAAGCUGGAUGGAUUUCAGCCAUUUGAAAUAACUGAACUCAAAGCCGGCAUCCAUUAUUUUGCAGUUUAUGGUGAUAAUUUUUUUAAAAGUGUAAGCUACACUAUAGAAAUUCUUUCUGCUGAAAUCUUUUCUGAAGAGAAGGAGGACCUUAGAUCUGUUGAAGCUCAAAUAUUGUCAAAAAGAGUGGAGCUUUCCAAAUUUGAAACCGAAUAUAGAGAGGUGCUCGCUCAAUUCACCGAGAUGACAAGUAGAUACGCUCAAGAAAUGCAAGCUAUUGACGAGCUUCUCCAACAGAGGAACGAGAUACAUGCUUCUUAUACAACUGCUCCACAAAUAAAGCGCAGCAGUAGUAGUCGAAGCAAGAAUAAAGCCACAGUGAAGGAGGGUGAUGAUUGCCAAGGGAAGGAUAAGAAGCAGUCUAGAGGAGAGAGGUCGAAAAGAAGAAAUGGUACAACCUUCACCUAAAAGGAGACAAAAAGAAGCCUUGUGGAAUGGAUUGAGUAAUAAUACUAUUACUUGUCUCUCAUCAGUCUGUUUCUUUGUAUGGUCUUCCAGCUG